AUGCCGUGGCUUCUGAGCAAGAAGCGACGGCAGUCGCCCUCCAGCAGCCCCAGUGGGCAGCCCUGGGCUGCCACCAGCUCCAGCAGCGCCUCCCAGCUCCGGGAGCAGGGGCUGGGCAGGCUGCACCGCGCGGCCGCCCGCGGUGACCUGGGCUGGCUGAGGCGCUGGCGCUGGUACGUCAAGGUAGUCGGCAUCGACAGGCCAGACCAGGAGAUGCGGACACCUCUACAUCUGGCUUCGGCCAAUGGCCAUGCAGAUGUCAUCAGAUAUCUGCUAAGAAAGAACAGCCAGCCCAACCUCACUGACAACUUCAAGAGAACAGCCCUGAUGAAGGCAGUCCAGCAGGAGCAGGAAGAAUGUGUUGCUGUUCUGCUGGAACACGGUGCCGACCCCAAUCUGGCAGACGCUGACGGCAACACUGCCCUUCACCUGGCUGUGCUCUCUAAAAACACAGCUGUAGCAGGGCUGUUACUGGAGCAUCAUGCCAACAGUGAUGCUCAGAACCAGUGGGGAUUUACCCCCUUGAAACUUGCAGCCUUGCAACAGCACGAGGAGAUUCUGGAGUGCCUCGUGAACAAAGCAGCUGACAGGCCUGCUCAAGGCCAGGGGGAAAGGAGUGCUCUUGUGGUUCCUGGAAGCCACGAGGCUCACCUGGAGGAAGAUAAUCUGCGCUUGCAGGAGGAGCUGGACAGGGCUGACGCGGAGCUGCAGGAGGAGGAAGAAAAGCAUCUUCAGUCUGAGCAUUGUGUUCCUGACUUGAAGAGUGCCUUGGAUGCCAAGAAAAGAGAGGCAUUAACUUCUUCCCAGAAACUGCAGGACCUCCUGUUGGCAUCUUGCGAGACCAAUCCGACUCUAAACCAACUGGAAGAAGACGCGCAACACUUUGCCAGUGAGAACAGCAGAUUGGAAGGCACUGUCCAGCAGCCAAGCGAGAGCGUUGAAGCCCUUCCAAGAGCCCUGCAAGCCUCUGCCUCAGGUGGUGAACUUUCCCAGCAGCUGGACAUGGAGCCUGGAACAGGCAUGCAGCUCGAGGCCCUAAACCAGGCUUUGCCAGAAGAGCUGUCCACUCUGCUUGGGAAGUGUGAACAACUGGAGAAGAGCAAAUGUCAGCUGCAAGAAGAGGUGACAAAACUCCACCACCAUUUGGAGACUUUGGUGCUGGAUGGCAGCCAAAGAGAACAGUGUACAGGAGAGGUGGCAGAAGGAGCUGACCAGGAAAGAAGUGCAAAGCUACAAGAGGUCAGCCUCGUUUUGCAAGCACAGGCAGCCCACCAGGCCCCACUAGGACAAAUUGAAGACAGUCAUUGUGAAUCCGUGAGAAUCCAGUUGGAAGAAAGGAUUAGAAAUCUGGAAAGUGAAUUGGAGAGGGUCAAAAACACCCAACAAGAGAGUGCUUCUCAUAAAGAAGCAACACAGGGAGAGAUGGGGAUGUACAAAGAGCUGUAUCUGGAGGAAGUGAUAACCAGAAGAUGCCUUGCCAAGAAACUGGAAAGGUAAGUCCAUGCUUGU